UAAAGAAAAAAACAAAACACCAAAGACCCUUCGAAACUUCAGAGAGAGAGAGAGAGAGAGGGAGAGAGAGAGAGAGUGGAGAGAGAGAUCAUGAAGAUAUAUGCUUGAAUCGACAUCUGAUACUAGGUUUUUACCAAAACCCUGGAACGAAAACCAGCUGGAUAAUCGCCACUAUUUCUAGCAAAGUAAAAUUUCAGGAAAUCAACGGAUUCGACAUCUUGGGAUUCUGUUUUCAAUUUCUUCUUUCAGGAUGUUGAGAGACUUCAAAUUCCUGCGCCGGAAUUCCGGUAAGAACGAGGAGAUUGAGAAUGUGCCCGAAAACCCCAAGGAUUCUUUGGUGAUUCAAACCGGAAUCGACUCGUCGAGGCCUCCCCUAAACACAAUCCAAGAGCCGAUUCAAAUGGCUAAGCAGGAACAGGAAAUGGGGUUUAGGAGUAAGAUUGAGAGGACUCCAACUAAGGCCAAAGGCAAAAGUUCGGAUCCUACAUUGCCUCUACGCACUCCGGACAAGCAUGGCGCUGGGUUUUCCGCCAAGAAUCGAUUCGCGUGGACUCAAAAGCACGAACCCGGUUUGAUUACCGGUGAUUCCCGUGAUGAUGGCAGUAAUUAUUCGGGCCAAGUGAAAGGAGGGGCUGGAACUGUAAAUGGGGGUUUGGUUAGUAUGACUCCUCGGCCAGCUCGGGGGGUGGGAAGGGGUGCUUCUAGUUAUUCUGAGAGCAAUUCAACGCAAAGCACACCGUCCAAGAGUGUUAGUAAGCCUCCGAGUUCUGGGAUUCGGAGUAGGGUUGAUGGACAUGCCAGUACUCGCACUGGAAACUUUGCUGCAUUGUAUAAAGGGUUACCAAUUUCUUGUAGUCCAGCUACUACUGCUAAUACUGUGGAAGUGCCUCACUUUGAUCUGAAGGAAGACCCUUCAUUCUGGAUGGAACACAGUGUACAGGUUCUUAUACGAGUCCGUCCUCUCAAUAGCAUGGAAAAGAGUACACACGGUUACAACAGGUGCUUGAAGCAAGAAAGUGCUCAAACCAUUGCUUGGAUUGGGCAACCAGAAACUCGAUUUACAUUUGACCAUGUAGCAUGUGAAACAGUGGAACAGGAAACACUUUUUAGGAUGGUUGGUCUACCGAUGGUUGAGAAUUGCCUGUCGGGGUACAAUAGCUGUAUGUUCGCCUAUGGUCAGACUGGAAGUGGGAAGACAUACACAAUGCUUGGCGAGAUUGAUGAUUUAGAAAUCAAGCCCAGUCCACAUCGUGGAAUGACUCCACGUAUUUUUGAAUUCUUAUUUGCAAGGAUCCAGGCGGAAGAGGAAAUUCGAAAAGAUGAAAAACUAAAGUACACCUGCAAGUGUUCUUUUUUAGAGAUAUACAAUGAACAAAUUACAGACCUCCUUGAUCCCUCAUCUGCUAAUUUGAUGCUCCGGGAGGAUGUUAAGAAGGGUGUCUAUGUUGAAAAUCUCUCUGAAUUUGAAGUACAGACUGUUAGCGAAAUUCUAAGGCUUCUAACUCAGGGUUCUUCAAAUCGGAGAGUUGCAGCCACAAAUAUGAAUAGAGAGAGUAGUCGGUCGCACAGUGUAUUUACAUGCGUAAUUGAGAGUAGAUGGGAAAAAGAUUCAGCAACUAACCUACGGUUUGCAAGACUAAACCUAGUUGAUCUUGCUGGUUCAGAGAGGCAGAAAACUUCAGGUGCUGAGGGUGAGCGUUUGAAGGAGGCUGCUAACAUUAAUAAGUCAUUGUCUACUCUGGGUCAUGUAAUAAUGGUUCUAGUGGAUGUUGCGCAUGGGAAGUUGAGACAUAUUCCUUACAGAGAUUCAAGGCUAACUUUUCUCCUUCAGGAUUCACUUGGUGGGAACUCGAAGACAAUGAUAAUUGCGAAUGUCAGCCCUUCUAUCUGCUGUGCAUCUGAAACACUGAACACUCUUAAGUUUGCCCAACGAGCAAAACUUAUUCAGAAUAAUGCUGUUGUGAAUGAAGAUUCUACAGGAGACGUUAUUGCACUACAACACCAGAUACGACUUCUAAAGGAGGAGCUUUCUAUUCUUAAACGUCAGAAUGUCUCUAGAUCUUUGUCAUUUGGUUUGACAACUAUUGAAGGUACAACAACAGCACAAGAAAAUGCCUGCAUGGAAAAUAUUCACGAUGUGAAUAUGGAGAUUGAUGAUUCGCCUGAGUACGCAUCCAAGGGCGUUGUUAGAUUAUCUACCAAACAGUUGAAAUCUUUGGAGACAACACUUGCUGGUUCCUUGAGAAGGGAGCAGAUGGCUGAAACUUCUAUUAAGCAACUUGAGGCUGAAGUAGAACAGUUGAACCGCCUGGUUCGUCAAAGAGAGGAAGAUACCAGAUGUAGUAAAAUGAUGCUCAGGUUUAGGGAAGACAAAAUUCUGAGAAUGGAAUCACUUCUUGGAGGUUCUGUCCCUGCAGAUGCUUAUCUACUGGAAGAGAAUAGAGCACUCUCCGAGGAGAUUCAGUUGCUUCAAGCUAAAGUUGAUAGAAAUCCUGAAGUAACUCGCUUUGCUUUGGAGAAUAUAAGGCUUUUAGAUCAACUUAGAAGGUUUCAAGAGUUCUAUGAAGAAGGGGAGAGAGAGAUACUCUUGUCUGAAGUAUCUGCACUGCGGGAUCAGUUGCUUCAAUUUAUUGAUGGGAGCUCUAAGCAGCAUAAUGAUCUUAAUUCUAAUAUGCAACCUGAGUUUAAAGAUACUCUUGGAGAAUUAGAGAAAUGCAGGGACCAAUUAAAAUCUUGCUUCGAAGAUAAUGCAAAACUCAGAAGGGAAUUAGAUUGCCUACGCACCAUGUUAGAGAAUAUCAGAUAUGAACCCUGUGAGCUUGAUGGCGUCAAUAAGACCAUAAGGGAUUUAAUAAAUGGUCCAGCUGUUGAAGAUGAGGUGCUCAAGGUAGUCCAAAGUGAGAACCUGGAAGGGAAGCAUGAAUCUCUGCUGAUAAAACAUGCAGAAGAAAUGGUCAAUUUGCAGCUGGAACUGGAUAUAUUAAAGAUGAUUAUCAAAGAAGAGAGGUCAACUUGUCGUGAGAUGGAGGAAACGGCAAUAUGCUAUGAUAGAGAUCUUCAGGUGGCGAAGGAAAAACUUUUACUAACAAGUAAAAAAUAUGAAGAUGCUAAAUGCGAAUUGGAAGAGGCGAAGUCCGUCAUUGAAGCUCUUGAAUCCCAGCAAAUUCUAUCAAUCAAUGAGAUGGAGGAACUGAGGAAUACUAACAGUCAUUAUCAGAAGCUUUUGAGUAAACAGGAGCCUGAAAUUAUGGUUUUGAAGGAUCAGCUUGCUUUUAAAGAGUUGCAAUUUCACUCACCUUCAACCCGUACAGAGCGUGACAAUUCCCCCUUAGAAGCAAACUUGAAGAGGAUGCAAGCCUCUCUUGAAAAGGCCAAGAGACUGAAUAAUUGGUACCGAGGUGACCGUGCGCAUCAGGUGUCAAAUGAAGAAGAAAUGGAUGAAGUUUGCAGGCAGGCUGAAGCUGAAACUGCUGAAGUGAUUGUCUGUAUGCAGGAAGAACUUGGGAUACUUCAGCAGCAAGUCCAAGAUAGUCAUUUGAAAGAAAUGGAGAUGAAAAAGGCUGGAACACUUUUGGAGACUGAAUUGAAAGUGGUUCAGGAAAAACUGUACAUCAUAACUGAAGAUAACAAAAGCUUGAAUCAAAAGCUAGAAGAGAAAGAUAGGGAACUGUUAAUUUUAUCUGAAGAAUGGGAUCUAUUGACUUGUGAGAUUGAAGAAAUUCUUGCUGUUGGGCAUGAUGCACUCAUCAAUGCUUCUGAUCAGCUUGAACUUAUAUCAAGUUCCUUUCCGCAUAGAAGGAUUUGGAUAUCCUACCAAGUUGGCAGGAUGAUUAAAAUAAUCUCUGAAAAGGAAUUAAUGAUUGAAGAACUGAGGAGUUGUUUAGAGGAUGCAAACAAUAAAAAAAGUGAUGUGGAGUGCAUGCUGAAGUCUUUGAGAGGAGCAGCAAUGGUAAUCACUGAAGCACACCAGCAGGAGUGCAGUGAAAAGGAGAAAGAAAUCCUCCAAUUGAUGUCAGAGUUGACUACAAAGACAUCUACAAUAGCAAAGCUGGAGGACAGAAAUAAAUGGGCAGAAGAUCAGAUUGGAAAAGUAUCUGGUUGUGCAACAGUUGCUUUUGUGAUUGUCAAUAGAUUAUCUGAAAUGAAUAAUAGUUAUCGUGAUGCAUUAAAGCACAAGGAUUUCCAGCUUAGUGAAUCAGUAGAGAUGAACUUGAGGAAGGAUGCUCUUCUUAAUGAUCAAGCUGAGAUGAUUGAAGAAGCAGAUAAGCAGAUACAGUCUCUGAGAGAGGAAGUAAACGAUUUGGAGGGAACCUGUGGUAAGCUUAGAGAAAAAAUCUCUGAAGAGCAGGAGCGUUCUUGUUGUAUGGAGCAAAAGCUAAAAACUAUUGAAGAGAUUGACAUUUUGAUGACAAAGGAGAAACUAGCUGAGCUACAAUCAGGUGUAUCUACACUCAAGUCAUGCAUGAGCUCGUAUGGGGAGCAUUGUGGAAGUCCUUCAAGGAAAGAUUCACAAGAAGUAUGUAUGUCUUUUGAUGGAGAUGGAGAAGGUGAAGAAGGACCGGUAAGCUUCUUGCUUUCUGAUGCUGAAACAAAUCAAGUCAGUGACAGAGACUUAAAUUGUGUUGAAGACCUGACAGUGGAUACAUCUGGAUAUUCUAGAGUAGGGAAGGGUGUGUGCUGCCCUUCCUAUGAUGAGAAAAAUCUGGAGUCUAGAAGAAUUGGCAGGGAUAUGCUUAAUAAAGAUGUUACCAUUAUACUUCUGAAAAAGGAGAUAGAAUCGGCCCUUGAAAGCCUGAAGGAGGUGCAAGCUGAGAUGGUGAAGCUGCAUGACGAGAAAAAACAGAUGCAGGUAUCUGAGAAAUGCAGUCAGGAAAGCAUGAAAUGUCUUACAACUCAGGUACUGGCCAUGGAAGCAGCCAUGAGUAACUUUGAAAAACAAUAUAUACUCAAGACGGAAGCUUUUGGUAAUAGGCUAAGUGUGUUUGAACAAACUGUGGAAGAAGCUGGCUCUCAAUGGUGUCAGACUAAAGAGUUGCUCGAACUUGAGGUUGAUGGUGCAAAGAUGGUUGCAGCCCAGAAAGCCGCAGAGGCUUCUUGUAUCAUGGCCAAAUUUGAAGAGGCCCAAAAUACUAUGAAAGAUGCAGAUAUUAUGAUCAAUAAACUGGUGAUAGCAAAUGAACAAUUAAAGCUAGAUAUAGAAAGGCUUAAGGAAACCGAAGUCGGAUUAAUCAAUGACCGGAGUCUAUUAAUUGAUGAGGUUCAGAGCUUGCAGAACAUCAAUGAUCUGAAGAAUCAACAAUUUGAAGAUCUUGAAAAGCAGCUUGGCUCGCAUUUGACGGAAACAAGGGAUCUGGUUUCAGAGAUUGAUUGUGCCAUCACAGAAUUACAGACUACACUAGGCAAAAACUUAAUGUCUUUAGGCUGUGACUUCCGCAGCAUGAAGUCUCUGCUGGUGAACUCCACAAAGUUGGUACAUUCAUGGCUUGAGGGUGUCUGGUCUCAAAUAAUUGUGAAGGACAGUGCUGUGUCAGUACUACAUCUGUGUCAUAUGGGAAUUUUGUUGGAAACAGUCACAGGGCUGAAUACAGAGAAUGGUUUGCUUCAACAUGGUCUGUGUGAAUCAAACUCUGCUAUAUCUGAUUUAAGGGAACGCAAUUUUAAGUCAAUAAGAGAGCUUGAGAUGUGUAGAAUCCUCAAAGGGAAACUCCUGGCCGACAUCAAGAACAGUUUUGAUAAAAUCUCAAGGAAAGAAGAAGAAACUGGGGAGCUUAGAGUCAAGGUAUCCACUUUUGAGAAACAAAUAUCAGACCUGCAGCUCCAAGAGGAGUUGAUGCUGCAAAGGUCUAAUGAUAUGGGAUCACAGCUUUCAAUUUUAAUGAAGGAGUUGGACCUGAGUAACUCUAACGUUUUGGCAUGCCUUCUGGAUCAGGAGAAAAUACUGAAAUAUAAAGAGAUGAUUCUUGAAUCUCAAGCCGAUCUUUUCAUGGAAGGUUGGUGCUCUAAAGACUUUGAGUCACUUAUCUUGGUUUCAGAACUAGAAGAGAUGGCUCUGCAGAAAGCUGAUGCAGAAAAAGAGCAUAUCAAGUGUUGUUCAGUCCUUGAGAAUUUGAAGAAAGAAAUAAUUUUUUCCAAGGUCGAUGCAGAGUUGAAAACAAAACUGCUACCGGACGUGGAAUCCCAGGUUUCUCUUCUAGAAAAACAAAUUCAAGAGGCAACAUUGGAAAGAAAGGAUCUAUUGUCAAAGCUGAAAGUCAGUAAUUCAAGAAUUUCACAGAUGGAGGAAGUGACUGAACAAGGCAUUCAGUCGCUAAAGGAUGUUGCUUCUUUGAAUGGUAGAUUGAAAGUUGAACUUGUCGACGUCAAUGAAACAAAGGUGAGGCUGUUGAACCAGGUUCAAGCACAUGAAGCGGACUAUGAAAAUCUACUGAAUGAUUUCAAAACAAAGGAAAGAGCAUUAGAAGUUUCUCUGAGUCAAAUAUCUGCCCUUGAUGAAGGAAACAAAGAUCUGCAGAAGAAUAUCUCCACGAUGGAAACUUUUUUGUGCAAACUACAAAAUGAGUUGGACAUGAAAAAUGCAGAGUUAAGCCGAAUGAGCUGUUUGGCAGAUGAGAAUGAGUCAUUGAAAGGUGAGAUAAUGAAGUUAAAUGCUCAAAACAGGCUAGUGCUUCAAGACUUAGUGGGGAAAAAUUCUGAGUUUGAAUCAUCUUUGAGCCGCAUAGAUGUCUUUCAUGAGGAAAAUCAGAGGCUGCAAAAUGAAAUAAUCUCGUUGGAGACUGGUAUUGUUAGUCUAAAGACUCAGCUGGAAAUGAAAAAUGCUGAAAUGAAUGAGCUCCAACAUUCUCAAUCUGUCAUUCUCGAGGAGUUAUGUUCAAGAACACGGGACUGCCAAAGUUAUGUCAACAAUGUAAAAUCCUUGGAGGAGCAGAAUGCUUUCUUAAGAUGUGAAAUUUGCUCCCACAAGAAUACUAUGCAUGAAAGCUUCUCCAUUUCAAGCUUGAACAUCAUGAAAUGCAUUGAUACAGUGGAAACUCUUGACAUGAUGGGUAACAGAUUACUUAAUGUACUGGAUGGAAAAGGCUCUUCAGUUGUGGAUAAAAUGUCACAAGAGAUAUCUGAAAACAUAGAGAGGACAUGUAAGUUCAUGGAAGAGUUUGACUGCUUGGAGUGCCAUGCUAAAGAGCUAGUAUCAGAAAAUUUGAAUCUGCAGGCUGAGCUAUUAAGAAAGGAAGAUGUUUUGAAAGGACUUUUAUUUGAUCUGAGCUUGUUGCAAGAAUCUGCAUCUAAUACCAAAGAUCAAAAAGAUGAGAUUGAGGAAAUGGUGGUUUCUGUAGAGGCAUUAGAGAAUGAGCUUGCAGUAAAAACAUGUGAGCUUGAUCUGGCGCUUGCUAAAAUCCAAAUGCUUGAAGAUCAGUUGCGGGAUAAAAUUGACAUAAUUUCUGUGCAUGAGUUGGAUCUCUCAAAUGAACGUGAGUCUUUAGAAAUGCUUUCUGGAGAAAAUCUGGAGCUGGGUGCUCGUAUUGAAGAUGCCUUGGCAGCAAAAAGUAUUUUAGAGGAGGAAUUGACAGAGAAGAAAAAGAUAAUUGAGAGCUUGGAAAUGGAGCUUACAGAGAUGAGUAAUGCUCUUGGGCUAAUGAAUAAUUCAAUCGAAUCCCUUGGGAGCAAUAUGAAUGAACUUGCUAGUGAGAGGGAUCUUCUCCAGAUUGAGGUUAAUAGUUGGAAAGAAAAGUUUGAGAGGGUAAAGACACUUGCUGACAAAAACGAAGCAAUUGCCAUGGAAGCUCAACAGAUGGCUGAAUCAAGAAAGGUCUAUGCUGAAGACAAAGAGACAGAGGUGAAGCUAUUAGAGAGAUCUGUUGAAGAGCUAGAAUGUACAAUAAAUGUAUUGGAAAACAAGGUCAACAUUCUUAAAGGAGAAGCCGAACGCCAACGGUUGCAAAGAGAAGAGCUGGAAUCGGAGCUUCAUUCUGUAAAAGAUCAGAUGCAUAAUGUUAAAAAUGCUGAUUCAGACAUGAAAAGGCAUUUAGAUGAGAAAGAGAAAAACCUUCAAGAAGCCCUUGAGCAUAUGCAAAUUCUUGAGAGAGACAUAGCAGAAAAGGAUGCAGAGAUUACCCAACUAAAAGCACAUCUCUCUGAGCUAAAUUUGCAUGCUGAAGCACAGGCUAGUGAAUAUAAGCAAAAGUUCAAGGCAUUGGAAGCCAUGGCUGAACAAGUCAGGCCUGAAGGACAUUCCGCCCAUCUCAUGAAUUCUUUAUCAAACAAGUCAGAGAAGUAUACCACAAAGUCUAGGGGUUCUGGUUCCCCUUUUAAAUGCAUUGGAUUGGGCUUGGCACAUCAAAUAAAAUCUGAGAAGGAUGAGGAGCUUACUGCUGCAAAGCUUCAUAUUGAAGAGCUUGAAUUUUUGGCAGUAAGCCGGCAGAAAGAGAUAUUUGCAUUGAAUGCUAGAUUAGCUGCUGCUGAGAGCAUGACCCAUGAUGUAAUUAGAGACCUACUGGGAGUUAAAUUGGAUAUGACCAAUUAUGCGUCAAUGUUGGAUAAUGAGCAAGUGCAGAAGAUAACUGAAAAGGCUCGACUUCAUAGUUUAGAAUCUCAAGAGAAGGAGCAGGAGGUGGUUAAGCUAAAGAAGCAACUUAAUGAAUUUGUCGAGGAGAGGCGUGGAUGGCUGGAGGAAAUUGAUCGAAAGCAGGCUGAAAUGGUAGCUGCCCAAAUCGCAUUGGAAAAACUACGGCACCAAGAUCAGUUACUCAAAACUGAGAAUGAAAUGUUGAAGAUAGAGAAUCUACAUCGUAAGCAAAAGAUGAUGGAGCUUGAAGGGGAAGUAAAGAAGCUAUCUGGUCAGCAAAACCUCCAGCAGCGCAUUCAUCAUCAUGCAAAAAUCAAGGAUGAAAACAACAUGCUCAAAACUCAGAAUGAAGAACUCAGCAGUAAGCUGCGGCGAACUGAGGUUAUUCUUUCACGUGUCAAGGAAGAGCUUGCUCGCUUCCGUGCUUCUAUUGGGAAAAAUCCCUAUGUUGAUUUUGAUGAGGAACAUCGGUUGAAUAUCAAACUGAAGGAAACCGAGGAGGAGAAGGUUCAGUUAGCACAGAGGUUAUUGGGUUUAUGUACAAGUGUUUUAAAGGCAGUUGGAAUAACAAAACCAGUAUCCAAUGUAAGUCCCUCCGAUGCUGAAGAAGCCCUGGAGCAGCUCAAGAAUAGAUUUACUGCACUCGAAAGAGAAUUGCAAGAUUUGAAGUAUAAGAACAGAAUUACCAAUGAAAGAAUCCGAUUGACGGAAUUCAUGCCACAAUCUUCACCAAUAAAGUCAGCAGAUGAGAAAUGUCGAACUCCAGGAAGGGCAUCCCAAGCUGCAUUUUUUUCUGCUCUAGAUCGAUAAGCAAACUUGUUGGGGUCCCAAGGGAUCUGUGGUUAGCUCUUUGCUAACUAUUUUAAUUGGUCUGAUGGCCUGUAUAAUUUUUGUAUUGUAUAUUUAUUGUUUUUAGUUGGUAAAUAUUCCCAUGUAAUUAUAGUACAAUGAAAUCAGUGUAUGGUUUUACCACUUUCA